AUGUACUCACUCACUGGACUCGGCAUUACUGCUGGUUAUCAUCGUCUUCUCGCUCAUCGUUCAUACGAGGCAUGUCUGGGUCUGCGCAACGCAUUAGUAACAUUAGCUGCUGGUGCUUUUCAAGGAUCAGCUCUAUGGUGGGUAAAACGACAUCGAGCACAUCAUCGCUAUACCGAUACUGAUCUCGAUCCGUAUAAUGCUCAUAUAGGAUGGUUAUUGUUCAAACCACGUCGAAAUCUUCCACUAAUUGAUAUCACGGAUCUUGCUCAUGAUGAAAGUGUUCAAUGGCAACACAAAAAUUUUAUUGCAUUGGCCAUGAGCAUGACUUUCUUUGUACCUACUCUCGUAUGUGGAAUUGGAUGGAAUGAUUAUCGAGGUGGCUUCUUUUUCGCUAGUGUACUUCCUCUUAUAAUUCUUCAUCAUGCAACGUUUUGUGUUAAUUCACUCGCACAUUAUUUAGGUGAUGCACCUUUCGACGAUAAACACACACCUCGAGAUCAUUUUAUCACUGCACUUAUCACUGGUGGUGAAGGUUACCAUAAUUUUUAUCAUGAAUUUCCAUCUGAUUAUCGUAAUGCACUAAAAUGGUUUCAAUAUGAUCCUACGAAAUGGGUCAUUUGGAUUGCUAAGGAAUGA